AAAUAUAUAUAUAUAUAUAUACACACAUUUCAUUAAACAACUUUUAUGAACAGUUUGUUUUUAUAUCUUAUUCAGAAGUUGUAUGGGUGUCACGGUGGUCUUUUAUAAUUGAGCACUGCCCUGCUACAUAAAUCUGUUUAGUAUAUGAAAUUGCAUCAUGUAUUGUUUUAUUACUAUUUUACAGCUUGUCAUUUUGAAAUAAUAUACAUGGCAUUAUAAAAUGUGUGGUUCAAUGUAUGAAUGCAAUGAUAUCUCUAUCCAUAUAAGCUCUAUUUGUAAAUAUUAAUGUAAUAUUUCUACCAUUUAAUUUUUUUUAAUCAACUGUAAUAUGCAAUGUUACUUCCUUCCAGACAAGAAUCUGUUCUGAAAAAAAAAGCAUCCGCAAAGGCUAGGCUGGCUAAGUUCAGAGAGAAAAUCUACAGCAAUCCUGAGCUACUUGAGGAGUACAGAUUGAAAGAGAGAGAGAGGUUCGGUGACAGGGAGAUAAUAGGGACACACACACACAAACACACACACACAGGUGGAGACAGACUGUGAAAGACAGACAGGCAGAAAAACAGGCGUGUACAUGAGGCUGAGGCAGAUAAUGACACACAAUGAACUCCAAAAAUAAAUAACAAUGCUUGUGCACAUUACUUUCACUUCAGUGUAAUGCCUAUGUUCAGUAACACAUAUAUUGGGUUCUUCUUUCAGGUAUCAGAAACGUAAGGAGAGUGGUAAAAUAAAGACUGUCAAGGAUCUUACGAAAAGGCAGCAUGAUAAAAAAAAACUACAGUGGAGACAAUAUUCAGCGAAAAGCUACAAGAACAAAAAACAAACCCAACGUGUUCUCAACCUCACUCCAGAUUCUUCAGUGAAUGAAUUAAGUGAUUCUUCAGCAAUAGCAGAAGUAAAUGUGUCAACACCUGAGGACCACGUGUCAACACAAGAAAAUUUGUCAACACCAACACUGCAGUCAUCAAUCCCAAAGAGAAGCGCAAUCAGAAAGAAAUUAAACGUUGUCAACAGAUUGAGGGCCAAACUAAGACAGGCAGAAGAAAAAUGUAAAAAAAACAGAAAAGAACUGCAGAAUCUCAACAAGAAAUUUAGGAGACUUAAAGCUCAAAGGGUGACUGUGACCAAGCAGAUAGCUACAACCUCCAAAAACAAAAAAGUCAGGCAGCAGAAAAGUGGCAUUUCACUCAACAGCAAGAGGAGAUGCCUGUUGAAGAUGGUACAUUCUUUCCUUCAUCGGGAUGAUGUAUCCAGUGUGGUCAACGGCAAAUCUGGGGAGAUCCGGCGGAGAGGAGUGAUUCAUAGGAAAAGGCACUUGUGUGACACAAUGGCUAACCUUCACAAGAGGUUUUGUGGUGAAAACCCGAAUCAAAAUGUGUCUAAGGCGCAUUUCUUCAAGCUUAGACCGUUUUGGAUUGUUAGGCCAAAAGUUGCUGACAGGGAUACAUGUGCAUGCAAGCUGCAUGAAAAUUUCAGUUUCAAAAUAAAAAAGUUACAUCAGCUUGGAGUGAUAGAAUCAUCUUGCGCAGGUGAUGUCAUACAGUCAGUUGUGUGCAACACCAACAACAUUGACUGUAUGUACAAUCGUUGUGAGGUAUGCAAAGACAGAGUGAUUCCAACAGCACUUGAUGAGGAAAACAAGGGCAUCAUCAUCACCUGGCAGGAGUGGGUGACCAGGUCGGUCACGGUGGAGAGGACCGGGAAAGCUUCAACCAAGGAGAAAGAAGUAAAGAACACAGCAUGUGAAAAUCGUAGUACCUCCAUUGAGAAGUUAGUAGCUCUUACCAUGGAACAUCUCCCUAACUUUGCAGUGCAUAUCUUCAACAUCAGGCACCAGUUUUCCGCUCUCAAGACAAUGAAGGAUAGUAUCCAUGACGAUGAUGUGAUUGUACAUGUCGAUUACAGCGAAAAUUGGAGCUGCAAGUAUGCACGUGAAGUGAAGGAUACCCAUUUUGGAGGUGGGAACCAGCAGGUGACCCUCCACACUGGUGUGUUGUACAGUAAGGGAAUGGUGGAAGCCUUUGCAUCAGUGUCUCCUUGCCUCCAACAUGAUGCAACAGCAACAUGGGCCCACCUGGAACCUGUCUUGAGGUACAUCCGUCAAAAAUACCCCAAUGUAUGCAACAUACAUUUCAUUUCUGAUGGCCCAACAUCCCAAUACAGAAAUAAAACAUCGUUCUACUUGGCUUCCACUAUACCAUUCCUCCAUGGAUUUACAUAUGUCACAUGGAACUUCACAGAGGCGUCUCAUGGCAAAGGAGCUCCAGACGGCGUGGGGGCAGCCUUAAAAAAUCUGGCAGACCGAAUAGUUGCAUAUGGCCAAAGCAUCCCAGAUGCAGAUAUUCUGUUUCAGCAGCUCACCCUGAACUCCUCUGUGAUUCUAUUCCAGGUGUCGGAGGACAAAAUUAAGGAGAGGGGUGAAUUGGUUCCUCCACACCUUAAGGCAAUCCCAGGGACAAUGAAAAUCCACCAACUGAUGUCCACCACCCCUGGGGUAGUCCACACGAGGGAAGUGUCGUGUUUCUGUGAGAAAAAUUGUCAGUGCUUCUAUCCAUCCCGCCAUGCGUUUGCUGAGGAAGAAGAGGGUUUCACAACGCCACCAGAGGCCACCAUAGAGGUUGGCCAGUGGGUCCUCGUGGAAUAUGACAAUAAUCUGUUCCCCGGUGUAGUUACACAGAUUGCAGAUGACCAAUAUGAGGUGGACACCAUGAACUGUGCCGGGGAAAACCGCUUCUAUGUUCCAUCCAUAAGGUUUUCUGGGGAAAAGGUCUGGUAUUACCGCCAGGACAUCAGAGACCAAAUUCCUGAGCCUCUGCCGGUCACCUCCUCUGCUAGGCAUUUCUGUGUUUUGCCUGAUAUUUGGGCUAAACACAAACAGCGCACCUGAGGCGUAUUGUAUUACAAAUUGGAUGUAUAUUGAAUUGCUUGUUUAAUUUUAAUUUAGUUGCACAUUGAUAUUUAUAUCUGUCAUGAAAUUAAUUCUUAAUAAAAUAGUUGUUUUAUGAGAUGUUGAAUUACUUAUUUUGUAUUUAAACAUUCCAUUUCAAUUUAGUUAUACAGUGAUGUUUAACGUUUUAAGGAAUUUAUGUCUAAUGAGGUAUGUUGAAAUUUGUUUUAUUAAAAUACACAGUUCAAAAUAGGAUAUUUUCACAGCUUGAGUCUUACUGAGAAUAAUUUUCAACAGAAAAUGCCACAUUUUGUUCAAUAUUACUACUCCAUACAAAACUCAAGAAGUACAUCAUUAGAAUUUGUUAUUUAUUCACAGCAUUCACACUCUGUGUUU